UGACGUUUGUUAAUAUUUUGCCGACCAGAAAAACUUACUUAUUCUUUUACCUAAUAAAAACCAGGUAAAACUAGGGUAAAAAGAAAAACAGUAAAAAAUUAAAAAACAUUAAAAAAGGUGUUUUGUGAUAACAUAGCUAUAUCUACUUAUUCUCUUUCAUUAUUAUUAGUAAAAAAACGAAAUGUUAGGCAGUUUAAGAAGAUGCCUAAUUCAAAGGCAAUAUGCGCUUAUAUUAUUGCCGAAACGAACAUUUUUAACUAAUGAAUAUAAAUGCAAUGAAGCAUGGAAGCUGCAAAUAUCCUCACCAAUACUUACUAAAGUGAAUCUGAAUGACUUCUACAAUAUAUUGGAUCAAAAUUAUUUAUCUAAGGGUGUUAUAAGUGCUAUUGAUGUAGACAUAUUUGCAAAUGCAAUAACAGAUCCUGCUUAUCUUGACGAACUAAAAGACCUUUUGCAUAAGCUAAGACUUUCGGCAGAGACGGGUAAUACACUAGAAUCAACACAUCAUGCUACUAUAAGAAACUAUAUGGAAUUUGGCAAUAUUCAGGAAUUAAUACAAAUCCUUCAAGAUCCUUUGAACUUUGGCGUGUUUUUAGAUUUCUAUACAGCUAAUAUGUUAUUAGACAAAUUAAUUACAUCUCAAAAAUAUGAGCAUGCAUCUAAUGUAGCUUCAUUUAUUAUGUUGCAAGAAGAUUUUACAAAUGAUAUAACCAACACACUUUGUCAAUAUGCUAGUUACAAAUAUCUAUCAGAGUACAAGAGUCCUUCAGAAGAAUCAGAUCCUGUAAUAUCCCAAGAAGAUAAUAAAAAGAAAGAAGAAAUAAAAAUUAGGAUCAAGUUCUUGAGAAAUCCAUAUUUUGAUGAUCACUUUGACAUAAAGGACUUGAAAACUUUGUCUGGAAAAACUUUGGCUUGGAUAUCAAAAAGUAGUAAUGACAAUGUUAAUUGUAAUUUACAAAUCAUAGGUUGGUUAUUUUAUAAGAAAUAUGAUAAGUUGUUUUCAUUGUGUAAAGAAGUAGUUGAAAAUAAAAACUUCAAAUUGUAUACUGAAGUAGUAGAGCUAAUAAAUAAUGAAAUAGAACUUUUAGAAGAAGACACUAAAAUCAUAUUAUGUCAAUGCAUUGAAGUAUUGAACAAAGCACCUGUUGCUGAUACAAAAUUGGAAAGUUCACUUAAAAUUGCAAUUGAAAAUGCUAUCAAUAGAAUACAAAACAAGGAUAUUGCUUCACAAAAACAACUAUUUUCAAAUUGGGAACAAAUUCGGGAGGACAAACUUGAGGCGCAAUCCAAGCGGCUAGAUAGAGCAAACCGCAUAAAAAAUAUUGAGGAGAAACAAAAACAAAUGCAGGUGGAGGAACAAAAAUUAUGGUUUUUUGAAAAUGAAGAGGAUAUUGACUUACAAAUUGAGGAAAAAGAAAAACUUGAAGACACAUCAUCCAUUAAAAAGACAGGGCAGGAAAAAGAUGAUGAAAAUUAUAUUCCACCUGAGAUUUUACCAAAACGAAAGUGAAAAUAUAAAAUAAAUGGUUUUUUGUAAAACAAAACAGGUUA